UCAGUGUUCAAAACUGGUGCAUUUCAAAUCAUCAGCAUGAAAGUUUCUCUGGAUUUAUUUUUGAAUGCAUGUGCAUGUUCCCUCUUUUACACAGAGUCCAGAUGUGAUGGCCGUGCUUGCAGCCCACCUAUAGGUAACUUGGUCAGUGGCAGGACCCUUUUCACGCUGACUAGCUGCUGCACUAAUAGCUCUUCCUGUCUGCCAACCCAGCCACACUGUCUAGCAGAGCUCCAUCCUCCUGCCCUCAUGGCCGAUGACCCGUUUAUUCAUCCAGAUACUUGGUGGGGCUCCGCAGCGGCCACUGGAGAACAGGAAGAAAUCCGUCUUGACUUGGAGACACGAUUCUGCAUGAGUCACGUUGUGAUGCUGUUCCGUUCCCCGCGUCCUGCUGCUAUGAGGUUGGAACGCUCGCAGGACUUCGGCCAGACCUGGGAGACACUAAAGCUGUUUGCCAGAAACUGCACUGAGAUGUUCGGGCUUCCUGAUGAUGUAAGUCAACCUGGAUCUCUCUGCACUUCCAGAUAUUCCAGUGCGGUCCCCUGCAGCCGAGGAGAGAUCAUAUUCCGGUCCUUAGGAUUAGGAAGUGGGAUUGUUGAUCCCUACAGUCCUGAAGCACUGUCCCGUCUUACAGUGACUAACCUACGAAUACAGCUAUUAAAAUCUCAACAGUGUCCCCUCUCGAAAGAACAGUGGAGUGUCCCGGAGCAGUCAAACCUGCCUCCAACGCCAAGUUCUGAUCCUCAGGAUUCAACCCCAUUUGCUGUGUACUCUCUUCUGGCUAAAGGGACAUGUUUGUGUCAUGGCCACGCUGAACAUUGCCUUCCUGAAAAUGAAGGACAAGACAGCCUGCAACCCAGUAAAGUGGUGUCUGGCAAGUGUGCGUGUACCCACCACACGGCUGGCGAGCACUGCGAGAGGUGUGCCCCGCUCUACAACAACCAGCCCUGGAGAUCAGCCAACGGAAGCAGCGGCGAGAGCAACCCAUGCCAGAAGUGUGAAUGUCACGGACACGCAGCGAGCUGCCACUUCUCCCAGCGUGUGUGGCUGUUGACAGGGGGCAGUAGCGGGGGCGUCUGUGACAACUGCCUGCAUAACACUGUGGGCCGCCGGUGCCAGCGCUGUCGCCCCGGGUACCACCGCCACCCUGCCAGACCCCUCAACUCCCCGCAUGCUUGCAUACGAUGCUGGUGUGACCCGGUUGGUUCGGUGAUAGUACAGUCUGGUGACGGGACACCAUGGUGCCAUCCGAGAAGUGGACAGUGCCACUGUAAAGCUGGUGUGGGCGGCAGCACCUGCAGCCACUGUCUAGCAGGGUACUGGGGUUUCGGAGAGGAGGGCUGUGAAUCUUGUGUGUGCCCUUUGACCUGUGAUCCCAUCACAGGUCAUUGCCUAGACAGCAAAGGUAGUGUCAAGCUUUACAAUGUACCUAUUGGGGGGGAAAUUCCUGAACUGUCCCACUUUAAACCUCAAGAGGGCGAGAGGGCGUGGCCUAGAGAACUGGCUGUCUCUGCAUUGUACCAUACAGGGAAGUGCAGCUGUAAGGAAAAGAAGCUGAAAAGUGUGUCAGAUCUUUGCAAGAUAAAACAGGCAUAUGUGAUCAAAGCCAGUGUGCUGUCAGCUCAUGAUAAAGGCACACACGCAGUUGUCCUGGUGAAAGUAAGGAAGGUGUUUCGUUCGGGAAAACUGCCCCUCUCCCAGGGAACACACAGUCUCUACCCGCUCUCCUGGACCAGCCGUGGCUGCACCUGUCCCAUCCUCAACCCAGGUGGGAACUAUCUACUAUCAGGUCCUGAAGAUGUUGACGCAGGACGGCUACUGGUCUCCAUGCAAAGUCUAGUAGUCCUCUGGACCCCCAUCCUGGGCUUUCAGGUCACAGAAGCACUGCAUCAGGGCUGCCUUUGAGCACGACUUUACCCACAUGUACAGUAGCACAACAAGCCCUUACUGGAAGUGAUGCCACUGUACCAAAGCAGGCAGCUGGAUCCUAAAUGGACCAGGACCACCGGAUACAACUGAAAUUAGUUAUGCACAUUGCAAGUUGUUGCAUGGCAACUUUCACAUAACAGUCACUUAGAAUAACUGUAAUUGCCAUACAGCACAACUUUGGUCAUCUUAGUGGCUGUUGACGUGUGGACAUGACACAACAUGGUUAUGGCUUUAAUAAGACUGAUCAUAACAGUUUCUGUACUCCUUCCUCUGUAGUUUUUAGAUCAUCGUCAUCAAAAAUUAGUUAGUUGAAGAAAUUAAUGGACUUUAUAAAAGGAAGCCAGUGAAUCCAGAUGACUGCAGGACAUUUUUGUGAUUCAUUCAUACUUUUGUAUUUUAUGUGCUUUUUCUCUUACUACAUUCCAGUCAAAUGUUUUUAAAAAUGCAAUUGCGUCACAACUGUAAAAUGAAAAACAAAAGGUACA